UGCAUUGAAAAGUGAAAAUAAUAUUUCCCGAUUCUUGAUAGACUUGUAAACAGAGGCGAGUGAUAUGAGGUGAUAAGCAAAGAGAUACUCUAUAUCAGAACGCAGUUACUCGAGUUCCCUCUUGACUCGCUGUUUUGUGGAUUUCUAUUCCCAAAAUCAAUGAAGCUGCGUCAAUGUGUUAGCAGUUGAAUUUUUCCCAAAGUCUGCGGAGCAUUACUUUUCGGGUAUCCUAAAAAAAUGGAGCUCCUGACAAGCAUAUUGAGCCUACCGGUGAACUCGGUGCUCGUUUUCACCGGGGCCGCCCUCUUUCUCUGGUACUACCUGCAAGACCAACUGAGCUACUGGCGCAAGCGCGGUGUGCCCUACAUCUCGCCUAUCAAGUGUUUUUCCUUCACGAUGGCCCAAACACUCCGGACGAAAUCAGUGUUGGAGACGACGAAAGAAAUGUACGAGCUCCUGGAGGGACACAGCUACGGCGGCAUAUACCGACUCUUCCGGCCAGCGGUGAUCCUUCGUGAUCCAGGAAUGGUGAAAGAGUGGCUGGUCAAAGGGUUCCCCAGCUUCCACGAUCGCAACUCGCCGCCCGACAAGAAAGCGAGGAACCUCUCAGGGAACUUGUUUACUCUCACCGGUGACCGGUGGCACACGGUACGCACCAAGCUAGCACCGGCUUUCAGCUCGGCCAAGCUCAAAGUCAUGUACCAGACCCUGAAGGGCUGCGCCUCGGACGUCAAUGCUCACUUGCAGGGGUUAUGCUCGGCGAAAGGGGAGGUAGAGAUCGACAUCAAAGACCUCGUGAGCAGGUAUGCCAUGGAUGUCAUCGGAGCUUGUGCCUUGGGUAUCCAGUGCAACGCCAUCAAAGAUCCGGAAAACUGUCAGAUGAGGAAAGCUGUGCAGCAGAUUUUUAGGAUCAAUUGGAGGUUCUCCCUGCAGAUCCUACUGUCAGCGAUUCAUCCGAAGCUGGCUUUGCUCUUCAGCUUGAGCAGAGGGACUAGUGAAGUGACAAAAUUCCUGACUUCAGUAACUAAAGAAGCAAUGGAUGUUAAGAAGAAAGCUGGAUCGUCCAGGAAAGAUUUCCUUCAAAUUAUGAUGAGUGCUGGUGAUACCGAGAUUGAGAAGAGGAAAUUGAAGUCGACGGAAGAUGAAGAUUUUGUGUUUACGGAAAAUGUCAUUACAAGUAUGAUUGGACUAUUCCUUUCGGCUGGGCUGGACCCUGUGGCCACGACAGUAACAUUCUGUCUCUACGAACUGGCGUAUCACCCCGAGAUCCAAGACAGACUUUUCCAAGAAAUUCAAACCGUGAGGAACGAGUGCGGCGAUGAGAUCGGAUUUGAAGAUCUCAAGAAACUUCAGUACCUGGAGCAGGUCGUCAAUGAAACCCUGCGAAAAUACCCUCCAGCUGGAGUUUUGAGCAGAAAAUGCACAGAAUCAUUUCAGAUUCCGGAUUCAUCAGUUGUUAUAGAGAAAGGACUAGGUCUUAUGAUUCCAGCGGCCUGUUUUCAUCAUGAUCCGAAGUACUUUCCCGACCCAGAGAAAUUCAACCCCGAACGAUUCUCGAAGGAGAACAUCGGAAACAUCGUGCCUGGGUCCUACAUACCCUUCGGUGAGGGGCCACGAUUUUGCAUAGCAAACCGGCUAGCUUUGAUGGACGUGAAAACGAUGUUAAUUACUCUGGUAUCGGAUUACGCCCUUCACCCCUGCGCUAGGACCAAAAACCAUUUUGAAUUUGACCGUGAGACUUUUACUCUGAAUCCGAAAGGUGAAGUUUGGCUGCGGCUGAAAAAGAGGAAAAUGGAGUUAUUAACAAGUGUAGUAAACUCACAAGUUACUUUAGCGCUACUCUGCAUCAGUGUUGCUCUCUAUGUAUGGUUCUUCGUCCAGAAUAAGUUUAGUUACUGGAAUAAGCGUGGCGUUCCCGAAAUUUCAAUUCUGACAUGCCUACCCAACUUUUUUGUGCAACUUCUUCAAAUCAAAAGGUUUUCCACAAUCGUAAGCGAGUACUACAAGGCUACGGAGGGUCACAGUUUUAUUGGGAUGUAUCAGGGUCUCCGGCCAGCAAUCCUGCUCCGAGACCCCAAAAUGGUCAAUGAUUGGAUCGUCAAAGGAUUCUCCAACUUCCAUGACCGCAAUUCGCCACCCGACGAGAAAGCAAGGAACUUGUCCGGAAACCUCCUUUCUCUAACCGGCGAGCGAUGGCACAUUGUUCGCGCCAAAGUUUCACCGGCCUUUAGCUCGGUCAAGCUCAAUUUUAUGUAUGAUGCUAACAAAAGCUACGCUGUGGAGGCCAGGAUUCACCUAGAGAGGUUAUGCUCAGGCAAAAAUGAAGCAAUAGUUGAUGUUGAUGACUUCGUGAGUAGAUACGCCAUGGAUGUGAUAGGGGCAUGGGGUCUGGGCGGCGAAUGUAAUGCAAUCAAAGACCCUCAAAACUGUGAAAUUAAGAAGAUUUUGGAUCAAUUUAUGAGGAGCAGUUGGCGGCGAUCUAUGGAACUGUUCCUCUCCAUGGUCCACCCAAGUCUUGCGAGGCUUUUUCGCUCGAGGUGUUUCUCCAAUAUCUCAAACUUCAUCACCUCAGUAACCAAUCAAGCCAUAAAGACGAGAAACGAAAACGGAUCAUCCGGAAAUGAUUUUCUCCAAUAUUUAAUUAAUGUUUGUCGUGCUGAGACUGAAGGUGAACAAGAAGAAAGGGAAACCAUGUUAAAUGGAGUGCCACGGCCAUUGAAAAACGAGGACUCUGUGUUCACUGAAAAUAUCGUGGCGAGCACAAUUGUCAACAUGCUUGCGGCUGGACUUCACACUGUGGCCGCUACGACAACAUUCUGCCUCUACGAGUUAGCGUAUCAUCCUGAGAUUCAGGAUAGAGUAUUUAAAGAAAUUCAGACAGUCAAAAAUGGAUCUGGCAAUGAAAUACAAUUUGCGGACCUGAAAAAAUUCUCAUACUUGACGCAAGUUAUCAGCGAAACUCUCCGGAAACAUCCACCUGGUGGAUUAAUGGUGAGAAAAUGCACAGAGACUUUCAACGUACCUAACUCCUCCUUUGUGAUAGAGAGGGGAGUUGAUCUUUUGAUUCCAACAAUCGGUUUUCACCACGAUCCGAAGUACUUUCCAAACCCCGAAAACUUUGAUCCGGAGCGGUUUUCAGCGGAAAAUAUCGAUAAAAUUGUACCUGGAUCAUAUUUACCCUUCGGUGAAGGGCCACGAUUUUGCAUUGCAAACCGGAUGGCUAUAAUGAACGUCAAGGAUAUGCUUAUCACCAUAUUGUCAGAAUACUCCUUACAUCCAUGUUCUAAGACUAAAAAUCCACUCAAAUUUGACCGGAAAACUUUCACUCUGAGUCCGGAAGGUGAAGUUUGGCUCUGCAUCAAACGGAGAAUCUAAUCGUUACUAGAAUACCCUCGUGGAGGAGAGUAGGGGCACCGGCACCGGGUCCUUCGUUCUUCGGAUACUCCUAAAAGUCACAAAAUAAAUGGUAGCAACUGUUUCCAAUCGUUGAAGAUCAUCACCUGCUGCACAUGGUAUCAAUUUGCCUUUGCAACGGUCUAGGUUGAAUUUUAUUUUUUUAUUUUUUUUUUUUAAAUAUAAUGUAAGAAAUUGGCAUAAACCUCGGUAAACUAACUGUCCGAUUUGAGUAAAGUUCAAGGCAAUAUAAACAAAAUAAGACCAUAUA